AUGGAUUCGUUUGAUUUUGAAACCACGUCUCAGAAGGAGAUCUCUUCCAAAGAGAUUGAACAUGCUGUCGCGGAUGAGCCCUUCUCUCCUGAGGAGGAGAAGGCUCUGGUCAGGAAGAUUGACUUGAUGCUGUUGCCGGUAAUUUGGGUCAUGUACCUGCUGUCAUACAUGGACCGUACGAACAUUGCCAAUGCAAAGGUCUCUGGGAUGGAGCAGGACCUCAACCUGACCUCGAACCAAUACUCUGUUGCCCUGGUGGUCUACUUUGUAGGAUAUGUGGUAUUUGAAGUACCUAGCAAGUGGGUUGACUGUCUUGUCCUGGGUCGAACCCGUCCUUCGAUUUUCCUCCCUUCCAUCAUGAUUAUCUGGGGAGUUUUGACCUGUCUCAUGUCCGUCAUCAAGAGUUACACCCAUCUUGUUGUUCUUCGAAUUCUCGUCGGAAGCGUCGAGGCUGGAUUCGCCCCCGGUGUCCUCCUUGUUCUAUCAUCAUGGUACAAACGUACUGAGCAGUCUAGGCGCUUUGGUGUAUAUAUCUCUGCUGCCGUCCUGUCUGGAGCCUUCGGUAGUCUCAUUGCUGCUGGUAUUGUGGAUGGACUCGAAGGUGCCCAUGGAAUACGUGGCUGGCGGUGGUUAUUCAUUGUUGAAGGUGCUGCCACCAUUGGAUGCGCUCUGAUUUCCCUUUUCAUCCUUCCCGACUUCCCUGCUACCUCGAAAGGUCUAUCUGAGCACGAAAGGCAUAUUGCUGUGGCUCGCUUGGCAACCGAAAAUGUGACUGCUGUGACUGAAGAUAGUGCCCCGUUAAGCAACUGGGGUGCUGUCAAGGUGGCUGUGAGAGAUUGGCGAACUUGGGGAUUGGUUGUUGGAUAUAUGGUUAUCGUCGGAUCUAGCACCCUCACAUACUUCUACCCAACACUGGUCAAAGGUCUAUUUGGUGAUGCCUCCACCUAUAAAAUAAAUCUCCUCACCGUUCCAAUCUAUGGCGCCGCCUUCGUUGCCACUGGAAUCACAUCAUACUGCAGUGACAAAAUAGCGAACUCGAGAGGACUGAUCAUCGCCGGCUGGCUGGCCUUCUCACUUGUAUGCUCGAUUAUUGUGUGUACAGUCUACAACUAUACAGCCCGAUACGUCUUGUUGGUCUUGAUGGCAUGUGGUCUCUGGGCUACCAAUGGAGGUACAUUGGCAUAUGCCUCCUCUGCCUUUGCUGGCAUGCACCCCCAAGCUCGAGGUGUUAGCUUGGCCUUGGUCAAUGCGAUGGGGAACUUGGCGCAGAUAUAUGGCUCUUAUCUGUUCCCUGACUCAGACAGCCCGAAGUACAUCAUGGGUUUCUCUGUCAUCUCCGCUAUGCUUGCAUUGGGAGUCGUCGUAUUUCUCGGACUGCACAUUUGGUUCCGCCGCCGCGCAAAAUCAUUUAUUCAGGAAUGA